UCAACGUGUCUUUGUCCGAGUUAGUGUUUAUAAACGUUGAAAGUUAACACAUUAACUGCGGACGAAAAUAAGUAGCCGUUCGCUGGGAGCUGCAAUUAUGAUAUCUUUUUAAUGAAAAAUUUCUUACAAAUGUUCCAAUAUGAUUAUUUUGAAAAACAUACAUUUGUGGUAACUUAUUUUAUAUAAUGAUUGCCGAACAAAAAAAAUGAAAGCUGAAAAAUAAUAAAAACAACCACAUAUUUUCAUCCUCAGCGAAAAGUGUUAAAUGAUAACUAACAUAAGUAAUUGAAGUAUUUGCUAUUUUUAUCGUUUCAGCGCACCUCCAGCGCCAGCUCGAGGACUACAUGAUGAACUACCCGAAGGUUCAGAUCAUUAGGGCGCAAAAACGCGAGGGACUUAUUAGAGCACGUUUGUUGGGAGCGGCAGCAGCGAAGGCACCAGUCCUCACAUAUUUGGACAGCCACUGCGAAUGUACCGAGGGUUGGUUGGAACCACUUCUGGAUCGGAUCGCUCGCGAUCCGACGACAGUCGUCUGUCCUGUAAUCGACGUCAUCGACGACACCACGCUGGAAUAUCACUGGAGGGAUUCCGGCGGCGUGAACGUCGGCGGGUUCGAUUGGAAUCUCCAGUUCAACUGGCAUGCGGUUCCGGACAGGGAGAAAAAGAGGCACAAGAAUCCCGCGGAGCCCGUGUGGUCACCAACCAUGGCUGGUGGUCUCUUCUCGAUAGAUCGGGCAUUCUUCGAGCGCCUCGGCACGUACGACAGUGGUUUCGACAUUUGGGGUGGCGAAAAUCUCGAGCUUUCGUUCAAGACCUGGAUGUGCGGAGGUACUCUGGAGAUCGUGCCGUGCUCGCACGUGGGCCACAUCUUCCGGAAACGUUCGCCGUACAAGUGGCGUAGCGGCGUGAACGUGCUCAAGAGGAACAGCAUAAGGCUGAGCGAAGUGUGGUUGGACGAGUAUGCCAAGUACUACUACCAGAGGAUAGGUCACGACAAGGGCAACUACGGCGACGUAUCGGAUCGAAAGGCCCUGAGGAAGAAGCUGGGCUGCAAGUCGUUCAAAUGGUACCUCGACAACGUUUAUCCGGAGCUCUUCAUACCUGGCGAGGCCGUGGCUUCCGGCGAGGUUCGUAAUCUCGGAGAGGGAGGCAACACCUGUCUGGAUUCGCCAGCACGCAAGGCAGACUUGCACAAACCAGCUGGCCUCUACCCCUGCCAUCGACAGGGCGGAAAUCAGAUCAGACACCUCAUUAGCAGCAUAUGUAUAGACUCGCCAGGGAAACCGGAAGACCUGCACCAACCAGUGGGUUUAUAUCCCUGUCACCGCCAGGGCGGCAAUCAGUACUGGAUGUUGAGCAAGACCGGGGAGAUCCGUCGAGACGAGUCGUGCUUGGAUUACAGUGGCACUGAUGUCAUCCUCUAUCCUUGUCAUGGUAGCAAGGGGAAUCAACAAUGGAUUUAUAAUCCUCAGACGAAGCAGAUCAGACACGGUAGCAGCGACAGGUGUCUGGCGAUCACGGAAAGCAAGCAACGUCUGAUAAUGGAGGAGUGCUCGCUGAACGCUGCCAGGCAGAGGUGGUCCGUCGAGAACUACGAUCCGUCGAAGCUGUGAUAUCGCGCCUUUUCACGCAGCCAGUCGAGAAACACCGGUCGAAGGUUCGAUCGGUCCGGUACUUGGAUGUCUGGUCCUCGUUAUUCGGUCGCCAAGACCCGUUUCGGCAGAUAGAUUCUGUGGUUUCGGGGCCUGGGCGCCUCGAAACACCGUCGACCAGACGCUCGAGAUCGACUGCGAGAGAAAAGGGACGCGAGACUUCCUCGUGAAAGUAAAUACCAGCCACGUUGAGGACGAGGCUUCCGUGCGGCGAUAACGACGAUCCGAAUCGACGAUCGUCGGCUGUAAUUACUAACUGUAAAACAGACGAAGUGCAAUAGAUACUAUCGACUUAAGGGUGAUCGAAGAGGGACUUCCCCUUCGACGAAACGCUGUAACUGAUGUACAAUGAGACGAAACGUUAGGGGUACGGUCCGCGAGCGCGUCGAAUUUUUUGGGAAACGCUUUCGCUGGCAUUGAAGAAUCGAGAGGUUUUCCGGAGAGGUUGCGAGAAUCGGAACGAAUGGCGCUAGGAUUUUAAUAGUUUUCCUUUUUGCGUGGAUUGUUCUGAUGUUCUUUUAAUUUUUUUCGACGUUCAACCGGAAUCCAAGUUCGUUUAUUGGAUAAACGUGAGCGUUUAUAAUGAUGUUUACCCGCGAAGACGUUGAAUAUAUAUUUCUUAGGGAUUGUUUAAUUCCUUGAGCAAUGGUUACAGAGUUAGGAUCGUUAUGUUUUGCAAACUUUGAUUAACUAGAUGUAAUAAGUGUGAGAGGGUAUCGCGCACCUUUACUUACUGAUCUUAAUGAUCGAAGCAAGGUUUUUACGGCUAACUGCGUAGUUUAAGGCAAUAAUUAGGACGUGGACGAUGCGCCGAUGCGUCAAUGACAGCGAAAAGCGUGUCAGAAGGAUGUAUUAUUUAGAUUUUAUUCGGGUGUAACGGGCGAAUGCGAUUGUAUCGACUUCGAAAAGAGCCUCGAUCGUCGCGAUCGUCCGUUGGUGGUUGAUUUGAGGAGGAUCGAAUGAUGCGAGGUGCUUAUGGCAAGUGCCAUCUCAGAGACAACGAGGUGCUCCAUUGGAAAUCAACGAGUCGCCGGUGAUAGAAAAUUGAGAGUGAUUUAAAUUCAAAUAAUUUCACUGUCGAAUGGUAGGAAUGAUAAGUAAGAAUAAUUAAUCCAGAUAUCGACAUAUCAUACUUUUAAAAAUAUUUUAAAUAGGUACUGGUUUAACCAAAACUGCAAAUAUGCAGAGUGUCUAGGACUAAAUAUUUCAUGAAUUAGAUGCCAGUUAUUAAUGUUAGCAACAUGUUGGAUAUGUGAGGAUUUUUGUUUAGAAUAGCGUUCAUUGAUGAUCACAUAUCAGCAAAGAAACGUCUUGUUGCUUACUUCCUUAAUUGUACUUUAAAAUUAGUUUAUUUUCUUAAGUUAGAACUAGCACGGCAUUGAUUUAUGAAAAACAUAUCAAUUUAAUUUUAUAUAGGAAGUCGUGCAUUAGUGACGUUUAACUUUAACUCUUUAGAAAUUUAAAAUUUUUAAAUUAACUUAAAAUACUAUUUUCUAAUCAGUAUAAAUGAAAUUAUGAAAGUACUUGGAAUAUUUCGCAGGGGCAUUUUUAUAGAAUCGGUUGAUUACAGCCCAACUCGGAAUCAUUAUAAAAUAUCAAUCAAUCGAAUUAUAAAUAUUAUCAGCUCAAUAAAUUAGAAAUUAGUUCUCAUUUACCCGUGACGCGAGAACGUUUGAUGAACUCCUUUUAGUAAUAUGUAUAAAUAGACAAAUCUGUUACGAUUAAUCCCGUAAUUAAUUUGUCAAAUACAAUUAAAUAUGGUGCUUGUUGGGUAAGAGGAAAAACCACAUUAGGAGGCCAAAUUAAUUUUUUCUUCACUUUGAGAAUAUUUUAGGCAUGUUUUCAAGUACAUUUGGU